AUGCUGAGCCUACAAGAGGCUGCCCAGUCGCCACCUGUUGGGGGAACAGGUGGGCGAUCGCGAUAUUCAAAAGCGCUGCCGUCCGUCCCUGUUGCCGACAGCCAAGGUGUCGCUGACCUUCCACCGCUCCCGCUUCCAAAAGACGUAUCUGAAUUCCAGUUCCCUCUCCCCCCGCGGAAAUCGUCCCGUGCAAACGACAACACGACGGGUGGCAAAAGCAUACCCAGAAAACCCGUUGGCUCAUCGGCAUCGAAACCCGCUGCACCACCGUCUGGCGCGUCCAACAUCAAUUCACCGCCUCUCUCGAUUCCGCCUCCGGGCGGCUCCAUGGCGAUGCCCAGAGAAGCAGUUGCCAGAGCGCCGGAACCACAAGCACAGCCUGUUCUUAUUGUUCCUCCCGAGUCCUCGCCCACAGAUUCACUAUCCAGUCUAUUGUCCGCGUAUUCUCGAGAACCCGAUGCCCCCAUGUCUGGUAGCACUUACACGACAGCAAGCACAGCCAACAGCUUCCAUGACUCUCAUCUCAGCCCGUCGCUGGGCAAAGACGGACCAUCAGCUGGCAGCAACACUUACUCACAAACACAGGUGCCUGCAGUGAAAAGCGAGCAAGGUUUGGAACACAAGGCCCAGAGCCGCCCUGCGCCGCCUCGAAAGGACGAUUCAUCUCAUCCCAGUUCGUCGUCUCCGAAACUGCUGCCCGUUGCACCGCUAUCUGAAAAAUCCUCAGCUCCUCGGCCUGAAAUUUGGAAGCGUCGACCACAGACCGCCGAGAAGAACAAAGAGCUCUCCGAUCUAAAACUAAGCCAUAGCCACGGCUCAACUGCCUCGGCCUCGACAAUUCAGUCCAUUGAAACCGCUGUGCUUCUGGCCUAUGCCAACAUAGGUUCCGAAAUCAAGCCCGCAGAGGAGCCGAAACAAGACGCAAUACCGCCUCCUCCAGCCCUCGGCUUGCCCCGUCAUAACGUCAAGCCAGUGUCUCAGGACAAGGGUCAAGAAACAGAAACGCAGAUGGGGAGCAUCGGCUCGAAGCUGCAGGACAAGGUGGGAAAAGCCCAGAAAUCCCGUACCCCGGUGGAUCGCAAGGACUUGCCUGUUCGCCGCGAUAGCAAGCGGCCACCCACACCGGAAUACCGAAAGGGAGAUGCCAGUCCUCCGUCUUCUCGGGCUGACACUAUCGCCAAGCCUGCCUCUCCCGUCUCAGCAACCGGAUCGCCAAAGGAAGGGGCCUUGUCUACUGCAUCCAAAUCGCCACCUCCACAACCGACCGCACCGUCGAAAUCGGAACCAGUCGCGCCGAGCCUUGUUUCUGUUCCUCCCAUUGCUUCAACAUCUGCGAGCAGGCUGCCCCAAGCCGCACCGGACCUUCGGCUCAGUACAAAUCUUCUAGAAAUGAAACGGAGCAGCCCACCUGCCAAGACACAAUCCCUGACUAUGAAUGACAGCAACCGUGGCAUCAGUAUUUCGUCGGAUUCAGUGUUCAGCCGCACGUCAUCUGGUCAAAAUGUUGUAGGCGCCAGUGCCGAAGAACCUAGUAGGCCUGCGACGGCCACCGGCUCGUUUGACCCAAGGAUUGUCACUUCAGAUACCCACGGACCGAUGUACCGAGGACGUGAUGGGACUCUCUACCCAGAAAUGAAGGUCGUGCGAGAGCCAGACCCCAGAGCAGCAUACUUCCCUAUCCAAACGGAUAAGCCUCUGCAGCCGGGCGCGAUAAUUUCUUCGAGGCCUCUCAACCACACACAUUACAACUGUUUCCAGAAGCAUCGAACCAUGAAUCGCCGGUCGAACCGAAAUUAUCCGCUCACUUGUCAGACGUGUGACAAAGCUGAUACAGAGGACCGUUGGGUAUGCACCUUCUGUCACCUGCGCAUCUGUGAGACAUGUCUGCAGGGACUGAACGGGCAUCAAAAGGUGCUUAGAAGGUUGGUAGACCAGCUUCGAGCAGACACGCCUGUUAGCUUAUCGUCAGCGUCGCCGCCUGGAUCUGCCCUUGGCAUCGAGCUCCCUGCAUAG